ACAAAGAGUAGAACAUGACUGAGCAACUGAGAGCACACACACACAUUAUGAAUAGCGGUGGUGGGCAUGUGUAUUGGGUGUUUACCUAGCAUAUACACCCAAUAUGUGGAACUCCUGAGUCAGAGAAGAGGUAUAUGGUCAAUAUUCAAAGAUCACACCAGGUUUCCAGCUUGGAUGAGUCGGUCUACACUCUGACCAGCAGUGGAUGAGAGUUCUAGCAUUUGAUCUGCAUGUACCCAUUUUGCAGAGAAGGCAACUGAGGCUCAAAGAGGGGCAUGGGCUGCCUCCUGGUCACUGAGAGAUUCUGGGUCCUGCUCUGUCACCUCCUCUCCUCUAGCAUCCUGCCCCGUGUUGUGCCCUCCCAGCCUGGCUGUGGGGUGGGGUGGGACAGACAGGGUCACGUGGAGUUGCAUUCAGCCAGAGGAAGCCGGGCAGGGUGCAGACGGCUGCUGAUUCUGAGGCUGGUCAGGAAAUCAAGGAGAAUCUCUGCCAUGGACCCACCUUCACCAAGCCGGGCCUCCCAAACCCAGCCUGCAGCCCCAUCUCCUUUAACCUCCUACCGCUGGCACUCAGGGGGUGGUGGGGAGAAGGGGGCUGGGGGGUUCCGCUGGGGCCGCCUUGCAGGAUGGGGGAGGGCACAGAGCCACCAGGAGACCACGGCCAGCAGCCAGCCGGCCCCGCGCUCUCUGUUUCGUCGCGUCCUCUCUGCACCCCCCAAGGAGUCACGCACGAGCCGCCUGAAAAUAUCCAAGAGCCUCUGGGGGAAAAACAAGAGCCCACCGCUGGAUUCAGAGCCGGAGCCAGAAAACCCAGAGCCUGAGCCGGAGCUGGAGCCCCUGGCCACACAGAUCCCAGAGGCUCCCACCCCCGACGUGCCCGUCUGGAACAUCGAAGCCUUCACACUACUUGAUGGGAAGCUGGUGCUGCUUGGGAAUGAAGAUGAGGGUCCUCGCCAGCCCCGGAUGGGGAGCGCUAGCUCUGAGAGCAGCAUCCACGUGGCCUCGGGGAAUCUCAAGGAUCCAGAUCGGACCCCUGGAAAGACAGAGCCAGAGGCUGCUGGCCCCCACCAGAUCCACAAUGUUCGUGGGCUGCUGAAGCGGUUGAAAGAGAAGAAAAAGGCCAAGUCAGAGCUAGGAGCCAGUGCUUCCCGAGAUGGGCCCCCCAGUGCUCUGGGCUCCCGGGAAUCGCUGGCCACGAUUUCCGAACUGGACCUCGGAGCCGAGCGGGACGUGCGGGUCUGGCCACUGCACCCCAGCCUGCUGGAGGAGCCCCACUGCUUCCAGGUAACGUGGACCGGCGGGAGUCGCUGCUUCUCCUGUCGCUCAGCUGCCGAGAGAGACCGUUGGAUCGAGGACCUUCGUCGCCACUUCCAGCCUAGUCAGGACAACGUGGAGCGGGAAGAGACGUGGCUGAGCGUGUGGGUGCACGAAGUGAAGGGGCUGCCCCGGGCGGCGGCGGCGGCGCCAGGAGUGCGCACUGAGCUGUGGCUGGACGGAGCGCUGCUGGCGCGCACGACUCCGCGGGCCGGCCCGGGCCAGCUCUUCUGGGCAGAACGCUUCCAUUUUGAGGCGCUGCCGCCAGCGCGUCGUCUGUCCCUGCGACUACGCGGAGCGGGCCCCGGGGACGCGGUGCUGGGCCGGGUGGCCUUGGCGCUGGAAGAGCUGGGCGUCCCCCGGGCGCCCGCCGCGGGUCUGGAGCGUUGGUUCCCGUUGCUCGGGGCGCCAGCCGGCGCGGCGCUGCGGGCACGAAUCCGGGCGCGGCGCCUGAGAGUGCUGCCGUCGGAGCGCUACAAGGAGCUGGCGGAGUUCCUCACGUUCCACUACGCGCGCCUCUGCGGGGCUCUCGAACUCGCGCUGUCCGCUCAAGCCAAGGAAGAGCUGGCCGCCGCCAUGGUGCGCGUGCUGCGGGCAACCGGCCGGGCUCAGGCCCUGGUGACAGACCUGGGCACCGCAGAGCUGGCACGCAGUGGAGGCCGUGAGGCACUGCUGUUCCGGGAAAACACAUUGGCCACCAAGGCCAUCGAUGAGUACAUGAAGCUGGUGGCACAGGAUUACCUCCAAGAGACGCUGGGACAGGUCGUGCGGCGUCUCUGUGCCUCCACCGAGGACUGUGAGGUGGACCCCAGUAAAUGCCCAGCCUCAGAUCUGCCCCAGCACCAGAGCAGACUUCGAAACAGCUGCAAGGAGGUCUUUGAGAACAUCAUCCACUCCUACAACUGGUUCCCAGCAGAGCUGGGCACUGUGUUCUCAGGCUGGCGAGAAGCAUGCAAAGCACGUGGCUCUGAGGCACUGGGGCCCCGACUCGUAUGUGCCUCUCUCUUUCUGCGGCUCCUGUGUCCUGCCAUUCUGUCACCCAGCCUCUUCGGCCUAGCACCAGAGCACCCGGCACCUGGCCCAGCCCGCACCCUCACACUGAUCGCCAAGGUCAUCCAGAACCUUGCCAACCGUGCUCCGUUUGGUGAGAAGGAAGCCUACAUGAGCUUCAUGAAUACCUUUCUGGAGGAUCAUGGACCUGCCAUGCAACAUUUCCUGGACCAAGUGGCCACCGUGGAUGCAGACACAGCACCCAGUGGUUAUCAGGGCAGCAGUGACCUGGCCCUCCAGCUGGCAGUCCUGCAUGCCCAGCUCUGUACGAUCUUUGCUGAACUUGACCAGGCCACCCGGGACAACCUGGAACCGCUGCCCACUAUUCUGCAUGCCAUCGAAGAGGGCCGACCUGUACCUGUGACUGUGCCAAUGUGUCUCCCAGCACCCCGCACCCAGGGCCAUUCCAGCAUCUCUGCAGGGGAGAAGCCUGGCUUUCUGGCCCCCCGCGACCUCCCCAAGCACACCCCUCUCAUCUCCAAGAGUCAGUCCCUGCGCAGCGUUCACGGCGCAGGUAGUUGGGCCCGGCCGCGGCUGGAGGAGGAACAGCCCCCCCGGCUGCCUCGGCCGGUAAAGCGCACUCAGAGUGUCCCGGCUGGCCGCCCCGCUCGCCGCCGCCCGUCUGCCGGACCGCGGCCGCGACCCAAAGGCUCCCUACACGCGGGACCCGCGCCUCGCGGCCGGCCCUGGACUGGAGCCUCAGCAUCGCUGCCUCGGAAGCCGUCGGUGCCCUGGCAGCGCCAGAUGGACCAGCCAAGAGACAAAGACCAGGUGCUGGGCACCCACCGACCCGUGGGCAAGCUGGCGGAGCUUCAGUGCGAGGUGGCUGCCCUGCGUCAGGAUCUGAAGAUGCUGUCCGGCCUCGUGGAGUCACUCAGCACCCACAUCCGGUCCUUGAGCGAGCAGCAGGAGCAGCUUCGGACCCAGCUUCAGCUCCUGGAUUCCAGGCUCCGAGAAGGGACCUCCAAGUUGGAUCCAGGGCGCGAUUGUUCAACCAAUGAGGGCCACAGGCUGAAAAGUCUGGAGUGCCGACUAGCUGAGAUAGAGAGUACUCAGGCCCAGCUGAAGGAUACCAUCCAGAACCUGCAGCUUCUUCCCAGGACAUCGGAGUCCCAGAGCCAGCCCAUGCCCCUCAAAGCUCCCUGCAUCAACGGAGACACCACUUGAGUUGCCCACUCGGCCCGAUGUGCUUUGGGAGCAGAGAGAAAGCCGUCUAAGGGGCCUGUCCACCCCCUGCCUCAAACCGUCGUGGCCUACAGUAGGGAGUGGAUGGAGCUGUAGGUGCCAAACAGUCUGGCACUAUCAGGUUCCCCAGUAAAAUCUUGAUUUCAGUAAAAAUCGAUGGUUUUUUUGCCCCUGAAUUUUGCCAAUCAGAAAGCAAACUCCAUCCCCUCAAUCCAGCUCUCUCAAACUCUCCCCUAAAUUGCAGGUCUCAGGGGAGUGGGGCGAUGCAGGGAGAGUCUCACCAGCUCUGUGACCUUAGUCCCUCACUUUUCUCAGAGCCUUGAUCUCCUCAUUUGUAAAAUUGAUUUAAAGUUCCUUAUACAGUAAAAGACCUAGAGUUUAAAAUGUUUGAUAAAAGGUAUCGGUCAUUGUUAGGGGUAGCAGUUGAUUCUCAGUAAAGCCCAGAUCUCAUCUCCACUAAUUUCCAGGUCUCAGAUGAGAGCAUCUUCAUAGCACUCCAAUUCCAACAUUGGCUCCUUGAUUCAGUGAGGGCGUGGGUCUGGGAGACAGAUGAAAGGAGUGGGUAGAAAGUUAAGCUCUGUGUGUGGUGGUUGAAAAAAAUGAAUGGGCAUUUGAAUCAUGAGUGGGUAAAUGGGUGAGGGUUAGGGUGGAUAGGACAAUAGGCAGAUGAAUAGGUUAGCAUUUGCUGGAUGUUUGCCCUGGUAGGUGAGUAGUUAGUAGGUGGUUAGCUGGGAUGGGUAUGUCUGUCUGGAAAAGGCCUGGUUCAUAGUAGGAAAUAAAUAUUUGAAUUAAAUGA